AUGGUCCUCGGUCCUUGGAACCAGUUCGAGGAGCUUGUGCAGAACAAGGGACAGCGUGCUCUCGGCAGAAAUCAAGCGAACGCUGCCAUCCUCUUCUGGGCCGACUCCGCCGAAUCAAGGAGCAGCACUUGUGAGCAGUCGCUAGCCGAACGUAACGCACAGGGCACGUCUAAGGGAAGUAGUCUCAGCACUUGCCUCCAGCAACCUCCCGUGCCGUCGACACGAGCGUCUAGGAUCCGAGCUGGCUCAUGCGUCCAAGUGAAGGGGCUAGUCAGUGACGAUCUUGUGCUCAAUCUACCAGAUCACUGCGGACCAGUUCAUCGCCAGGAACAGAGCCUCAUCCUAGAUGAUGACGCUAUCGUGCUUGACCAGGUGAUCACGUCACUGUAA